AAAAGAUCCUUUUUCUACGGCAAUUUGUAUUUUGUUUUUAUGGUCUUCUACUAUCGUUGACUAUAAAAUCAUCUCCAUUCUAUUGAUUUUGCGUAUAUUCAUCCCACCCGACAUACGCCCCUUAUCCCACUUGCUUCUUGAAAGUUAGAUUAUUUAAGGCGCAAUGGAGGUUACCACCAAAAAAAUGUCGUUACUUGUUGGAUCUCUUGGAGUAUUGUCCUUCAUUCUCGGUGUUAUUGCUGAAAACAAGAAGCCUGCAUCUGGAACACCGAUUACGGGAAAGGAUGUUGUUAUCUGCAAGUAUCCAACGGACCCGACAGUGGCAUUGGGAUAUUUGUCGUUCGGAUUUCUUUUUCUCUCGACUUUGUUUGGAGGAUUGUCGUUGUUUUAUCCAUACAAAGGGAAGUCUAUUCCAUGGCCUGCAUUGUUUCAAAGCACCAGUUUCUUUGUAUUCUUCCUGAUUGCUUUGGGUUCAACUGGGCUUGCAGCCGUGAUGCUCUUAUGGCCAACAAUCACCGAGCACAAACACCUCGUCAGCAACGUCCAUUACAACCUUGAAACAACGUGCCCGACAGCAAAAACCGGGCUGCUCGGUGGUGGUGCAUUUCUAGCUCUUGAUGCAGCUCUUUUCUGGCUGGUUUCCCUCAUGUUGGCUGAUAAUGCAAGAGAGGAUUAUUUUGAUGAUAUUAAAGGGGUUGACGGUGAUGCUCUUUCCACGGAAUAUAGUGCUGAUGGAGUCGUUAAAGGCAGCGCUUAAAAUUAGCUGUUUUUCGUGAUUUGGUUUAUCGUUGUUCGAUUAAACUAUUAUUUUUAAGUUUCAAGUAUGGUGGUUGGUCUAUACUGAAGUGUAAAUUCAGUCUAUGGUAUCUAUUGGUGAAAAACAGGUUUAUGGUAAAGAUUAAAGUGUGUUAUGUGUUA